AUGUCCCGGAGGACGCUGGGCGGAGGACGUGUUUUGGGCACUCCGGGCGCGCUCUCAUCUGCCCCGUCCCCGCAGCCGAAGCCAAGGGUGCUGUCGCCGACCGCCAGCAGUGUUUCCCUCAGCUCGCAGACUUCUGUGUCUCAGUUUUCAUCGGCGACCCAAGAUCUCACGUCGCGUAUAUCUCUUGAGAAUGGCGAUACCUCCAUUUCUGCAGCCCCGGCUGCUCCCGGAGCUCUGCUCACCUGUCCGAUCUGCAAUGAGGAGAUGGUAACUCUACUUCAACUUAACAGGCACCUCGACGACAUCCACCAAAACCUAGAGGACGACAGACAAGAUGAGGUCAAGGACUGGUUCAAGGUCCAGAUGGAGAAAGCGAGGAAAUUCCAGCCUCUCGCUGUGCUCAAUCAGAAGCUAAAGGGCUUGGACGUCUUCGAAUCGAACGAGAAUCAAUCGACCUCGGUUUCAAGCCGCCCAUUUGGGGCCCAUGCUGGACUCUCUGAAGCUUCAAACCUGACUACGAAUCCGACCCCGAAAGUUCUUGAUCCCGAAGACCUCAUUACGAAGGAACACUGGCAAGCCGGUUGUUUAUAUGACAUGUGUCUGGAACCCUCCUGCGGCAAACGACUAAAUUCCACCAAUGGGUGCGUCAAUUGCCGGAAAUGUGGUAAGCUCUUCUGCGAGGAGCAUACUAUGUACCAAAUGAAAUUAUCGCGGUCUGCGCACCACGAACCCGUGAGGGGUAUCUGGGCGCGAGUUUGCGAGACCUGUUACAAGUCAAGGGAGGGCUACAAUGAUCAUAACGGCACGACAAGGGAUCAAACUUUGGCUUUCAAAUCCAUUCGCAAGCAGACGGUCGACAAGGAUUUCCUGGAAGUCUCCCGACUUGAGAAGCGAUUGACCCGACUCACGCAAUUGUUGGCUAGUCUACCGCCAGAUCAAGUACAUAAUAGUGCAACUAAGUUGUUCUCUAUGGCGUGGCAGAGUGAUCAGCGGAAGACUUUAGAACAAAGUAUCGUGACUUGGCAGGACGAUGCAAGUGUUUCUCGGUGUCCGUUUUGUCAACAAGACUUCUCUGGUUACUCCUUCCGGAGACAUCAUUGUAGGACUUGCGGGCGCGUUGUCUGUGGUGAUCCAAACACUGGCUGCUCUAGUGAGGUGGAGUUGAGCAUUGCCCCUCCCUCCGAGAAAUCCGCAACUGCAAACUUGAUCAAUGUCGAUGUCAGGCUUUGCAAAGAUUGCAAGACUACAUUGUUCGACCGACGAGACUUCCAGGCGGAUAUCUCACGGAAACCUGCUGAAGUCAGAGCGUACGAAAAUCUGAUGCAAUUCGAGAGAGGCAUCCGUCUACACCUUCCCAGAUUUCAGAAACUUCUCUCUGCACUACAAGAUCCAAGACGGCCACCAACUUCUACCCAUAUAGCAGAAGCGUCCAAAGUCCGCAAGCGACUCAUGGACUCAUUUGCCAAGUACGAUGUCGCAGCUCGACGUAUUCGCGACCUACCCACUCAGUCACCAACUCAGCAGCGCUUACAGAAAGCUAUAUACCAACAAGCCAGCAAUUUCCUCCACCUUCACAUGCUACCCUUAAAAUCCCUCCCCAAGGUUCUCAAGCAUGCUUCUCCCGCUACGGACCGUAUCCCCAGUCGCGCAUCCUCUCCAGCGACCACAGUCAACGGGUCACCGGCUCCUCGACCGCAAGAGUCGGCUCUGGCAUCGAUCAAAUAUAACAACCGCGUUGCCACCAGCGGCAGCAACAGCAGCCUAGCUAGCGAAUCAAGCAGUGCCGUCUCCGCCCUCGAAGCGGAAGAGAAAUCUCUUCGCGAGCGUCUAAUUGUGCUAGAAGAGCAGAAAUUCUUUGUCUCCGAAAUGAUCGCCGAUGCGAACCGACGACGCAAAUUCGACGAAGUGAGCAGUCUCGCCGUGAAUGUCGAGGAUCUUAGCCGGGAAAUCGACAAAGUGAACAGAAUGCUCUCCGGAUUAGAUUUUGAGGGCGUCUACACUGGCACUUUGCCGGCCAGCACCUAA